CGGGAUAUCUCCCCCAUUGUUUUCUUCCUCCCGCAGAUUCCCUCUUCUCGCUCGUUAGGGUUAGGUCUCCCCCGGCGCGGCGCAAUCCGCAAAUCUCGACGACGGCGCCAAGCAGCGAGCGGAUCCAGUCGAUCUAGUCCCGCGCCGACGAGCCUAUGGCGACGGCGGUGCUCAGAUCCCACGACGCGCUCGCCAACAGGAUGCAUCUCGCCGCCUUCGCCGCGUCCCCCCAGGCCGCCAAGCAGCGCCGCCGGCGCCACCCCAAGCCGGCCUCGCCGCCGCCCAAGGUGGCCGUUGUUGCCGGUUCUUCGCCGCCAAAGCCGGCUCUUUUGGCGUCGCCGGCGACGAAGCAGGCGCCCGCGGCCGGCCGUCGGUCCCCGCCGGUGAAGCCUGCCCGCAAGCAGCCUUCCCCGACCAAGGAGAAGCCCCGGCAGCAGCCGAUCGUGAUGGAGGCCGUCCGGAUCCUCAAGCGCGGCGAGGAGCCGCCUGCCCCCGCCCCCGCGCCAGUCCAGGCCAGGGCGCAAGCCCAGCCCGCGGACAGGCGGGUGCGGUCUCCCUCCCCUGCCUCACCGCCCGUCGUCAAGGCCCGGCCCCAAGCCCCGCCAGCGGAUAGGCGCGUGCGGUCUCCUCCCCCAGCCACAGCACCCAUCCCGGCACGGGCGCAAGCCCCGCCGGCCGACAAGAGGGCGCUCCGGACCACCAGCCGGAUCGGCCCGCAGCAACCUGCCGUGGCCCCGACCAAGAAGAUGGUGCCAGUCGCCAUCGCAACCAGCUACGCCGGCCCGGCGUUCUCUGCCGCGGCCCCAGAGCCGAGCUCCCUGCCCCUGCCGGGAUUCUUCUUCCGGCGCGCAGAGGAAGAGGCCACCCGCGGCCUCCGGUGCCUGCUCCGCAUCGGCGAGCUCUCAUGAUGACGGCUCCCCCUCCAGUAGCAGCGUGUGCGCCUCCUCCGUGGCUGCGCCGUUCUGCUCUCCUCCCUCCUCCCCCUCGUCUCGCCUCAUCUCCUCUGGAAGCAACAAGAAGAAGAAGAAGAGGUGGUAAUAACUCUCCCUGACUGAAGGACGGAAGGAUUUUAUCUGCGGAUGGUUGGUGUGUGGUUCGAUCCGGCGGAUCAGAUCCCGGAAGCUCCGUUCCGAUCGAACCCUUCCGGUAUUUUUUCAGAGGAAGGGUCAUCGGGGGAGCGGAGGUCCGGCGGUAGGGUUUGGUGGUGGUUGCUUUAGGUUCGCGCGUUGCUGCUGUUUGGUUCGCCUUGAUGUCGUUAGGUAGGUUGUUAAUCUUGGUGUAGGUGACGAUGAUGAUCUGGUAGCUAGGGAGUGGGUCUCAGGUUUGGUAAUAAUUGAAGUUUAUGCGUGUGUGCGUGUGUGGGGGUUGAAGAUUAAGGUUAAGGUAUGAGUUAUUACAAGUUAUUAUAUACUGAGAGGUAAGUAAAUUAGUAUGGUGGUUGCAUCAGCUGAGCUAUGUGUAGUUGGUGUGGCAACUGAGAGGUGUGUCUAGUUGCAUCAGCUAGGCUAUGUGUAGUUGAUUUAGCAGCUGAGUUAUCUUAGGUAUUUCAAGAGUUGUUCAUGGUCCUUUGUAAGAUAUAUCUAAGUCUGUGUCUGUAUCGGUCGAUCAUAGAGCUAUAAUUCGUGAAAUAAAAAUGUCAGUGGUAGAUUAUAUGA